GCCGGGCCGGGCCGGGCCGGGGGAGGCGAGCGCGGCGCGGAGCCGCAUCCUGCGGAGGGGCGGGAGCAGCCGGGCUGGCCCCGCGCCACGCAGAGGAGGAGCAGCAAAUCCCCGGAGCACAUUAAAAAGCGAGGCUGAGCGGCAGCCGGGGAAGGAAGAAAACACCUCCAUAGAAGGCAGCGGAGGAGCGGCCGCAGCAGCGCCCGCAACGCCGCGCAGGGGCCGCGGCUGCCGGACCCAAACUUUCCGGCGGCGGCUCGGCCGGGCCCGGCGGUGGAUGCGGCUUUCUCGGCCGGGUCGCUGAGCCUGCAGCCCCGCCGCAAGAUGCCCGCCGCGCUGCCCAGCCUGCUGGCCUGGCUGGCGGUGCUGCUGCUCGGCAGGGCCCGCCCGGCCGACGCCUGCAGCUGCUCGCCCAUCCACCCGCAACAGGCCUUCUGCAACGCGGACGUAGUGAUCCGAGCAAAGGCCGUCUCUGCGAAAGAGGUGGAUUCGGGGAACGAUAUAUACGGGAAUCCGAUCAAACGAAUCCAGUAUGAAAUCAAGCAGAUCAAGAUGUUUAAGGGCCCUGACAAGGACAUAGAGUUCAUCUACACGGCUCCGUCCACCGCCGUGUGCGGCCGGCUGCUGGACACCGGCGGGAAGAAGGAGUAUCUCAUUGCAGGCAAGUCAGAGGGCAACGGCAAGAUGCACAUCACGCUCUGCGACUUGGUGUCCACCUGGGACUCGCUGAGCCCGACCCAGAAGAAGAGCCUAAACCAGCGGUACCAGAUGGGCUGCGAGUGCAAGAUCUCGCGCUGCCUCUCCAUCCCCUGCUUCGUCUCCUCCUCGGACGAGUGUCUCUGGACAGACUGGGCGAUGGAGAAGAACAACGUGGACGGGCGGCAGGCGAAGCACUACGCUUGCAUCAAGAGGAGCGACGGCUCAUGCGCCUGGUACCGCGGCAUGGCCCCCCCCAAGCAAGAGUUUCUCGACAUCGAGGACCCCUAAGCCAAACGAGCGCAUUCCAGUAGCCAGUAGAAAAAAAACCUGCGAGAUGUUAGACUGGUCCACGCUGAUAUCAAUUCCUGGAGACAGCAUGAAAAUCCGCUCGGCCGUGGGGGUCCCCGGGCUGCGGCGGCUGCCACGCGCGUGCAGGGGGCAGGGACGGGGACCCGCUCUGUCGCAGGCACCCGGCAGCCUGUGGCUGCACUGGGCGCUCCCGCACUCGUGGCAGGGCUGAGCGGGGCGCGGGGGGACCCCCCCCUUGCCGGGGCCGUGUCCCUGCCUGGCCACACUCAGCCCUGGCGCCCUGGCAGCUGUGAAGGAAUCGAACCCACUUGAGUGGCGGGAGCUGCCCCGUCUGCGUAGCAGGUCUACCAGUGCCCCCGCCGUGGGGGAGCCACCCCAGCAGCUCUUGCCAGGCAGCCCUUCCCACCGCAGCAUCCCCGGCCGCCCUCCAGCACCGGGGACCCUGCUGUCCCCCUCCCCACCCACUGACCGUCCCUCCCUUCGGGGUGCAGGAAGGGUACAGCCCUCCAGGCAGAGGUUUGGGGAGGCUUUACCAUGUGGCAGAGCCCCCGGCUGUGCGCGAGGGGCUACGGGCCUUUCGCGGGGCCGGACGGCUCCUGCACAGGUGCCUUGUCCCGAAAAGCCAGAGGGGCACAUUAGCAUGGCUGGGGUGACCCCCCUGCAUGCACCCAGGCACUGCUGUCCCUCUCCUCCACAUGCUCCUCUCCCCACGGGGACACGGAGGUAAGCACGGGGUUCACCGCCUUCCCCAGCAUCACGGGGGGGGGGGUCCAUUCCCACUGCAACCUCCUGCACGGGUGGAGAGCUGCAGCCAGACUCUUCUGCAGCUGCUGCUGUUGGACGGGCUUAGACCCCCCAGCCUUUGCAGGCCGGCGGGCAGCAGGGCUCGGCAGGGAGUUCCCCCUCCGUAGGGCACCAGAGGCAGGAGCUCCGGUUGCACGGGUGCAGGGUGUUUAUCAUCGCCUCGUGCAGCUGUUGGCCGAGCCGUGUCAUAGCCUUCGGCAGCGCUGCGGCAUUGCGGCCGGCCGAGCUCCCUCCUCUGCGGCGGCGGGGAUGGGGCCCGGCAGGCGGCCGGGCGCAGGCGGCAACGCAGCCGCAGGAAAACCCGUCCUCUCCGGUGAACCCUCCCACACACCUCGGGUCCCGCUUUCUCUGAGCCAUUCCCACAUUGCAGCGGCGCCGGCGCGUGCCGCGAAGCUGCCCGUCGGCAUCACGGGCGGCACCGGCACGUGUGCCCCGCCGCCGCUUACCGCAGCUUUGGGAGCGUGCCGGGAAUAAUCCCCGCAGCCCUGCUCCCGGGGGCGUUUUCAUGCUGUGCGUCCCUGUAAGGUUUAAGAUGUCGUACUGGACCAGUCUGGGCAAUUUCAACAUAUUAAAGAGAAAAAUUAAAAAGAAAGAAAAAGAAAAAAAAAACCCCAACCUCUAAUCAAUCCCAUAUACGACUCCCGUUCGCUUACUGUAUGGUUAUAUCAUAUGUGCCAUUUACUCCUGUCUCUGCUGGUAGUCUAUCUUUGAGUUUAAUACUUCCACUUGUUUGCCACCGCC